GUGUGUGCGCGCAGUGAGAGAGGAGGUCUUCUACGGCAAACUGAACCGACUCUCCCCACCCUUCAGCCAACCCACCCCAUCCUCGGGCAUUAUACCACCAAAGGAUCCUAUACUACACCGCUUUAUGAGGACUUUUCCACGACUUGACGUCCAAGCUUCCCUGCGGAAAACUCUGUGAAGUCACACGGGACUGAACUACUGCUUCAAACCAGAAGUGCCAGCCGCAGGAGGCGGGUUGUCUGUGUUUCUACAGCGGUUUUAUUGUACGGAUCGUGUUUGUCCGGAGAAGUGCAGGCCAGUUUUUCGUUUUUGUUUUGUUUUGAUUAGCUCAUCGGCUCGAACAUGUAUCAAGUCGUAAGGAAGCUGUUUUUUACGGACUGCCAUUGCGCCGAAGAUGCGUCGAAAACGUACGAGGAUCUGUUCGCCAAGCUGGACACCAACAAGGAUGGAAAGGUGGAUGUGUCCGAGCUGAAGGCAGGCCUGGCUGCCAUGGGCUUCAAAACAGGGCAAGGAGCAGCUCAGAAAAUAGUUUCCUCUGGAGACCAAGACAGCGACGAAGGGCUCGACUUCAGCGAGUUCACCAGGUAUCUGAAGGAACACGAGAAGAAGUUACGGCUCACCUUCAAGAGCUUGGACAGAAACAAUGAUGGUCGAAUAGACUUCAUGGAGAUAAAGCAGUCGCUUGCUGACAUGGGACUGGACAUCAGCAAAGAGGAGGCAGAGAAGAUCCUUCAAAGUAUUGAUGUGGACGGCACCAUGACUGUGGACUGGAAUGAAUGGAGGGAGCACUUCCUGUUUAACCCGGCCACAAACCUGCAGGAGAUUAUCCGCUACUGGAAGCACACGACGGUGCUGGACAUUGGGGACAGCCUCACCAUCCCGGAUGAGUUCACAGAGGAGGAGAAGACGACCGGUCUGUGGUGGAAGCAGCUGUCGGCGGGGGCCAUGGCCGGCGCCGUGUCCCGUACAGGAACCGCCCCGCUGGACAGGAUGAAGGUGUUCAUGCAGGUGCAUGCCUCCAAGAGCAACAAAAUCAGUCUGUCUGGUGGUUUUAAACAAAUGUUAAAAGAAGGCGGCUUGGCGUCCCUGUGGAGAGGAAACGGUAUCAACGUGCUGAAGAUUGCCCCCGAGACAGCCAUUAAAUUUAUGGCCUAUGAGCAGUAUAAGAAGCUGCUGUCCAGGGAACCAGGGAAGAUCAAGACCCACGAGAGGUUCAUGGCUGGAUCGCUUGCUGGAGCCACAGCACAAACUGCCAUCUAUCCUAUGGAGGUGAUGAAAACCCGUCUGACCCUGAGGAAGACCGGGCAGUACUCAGGAAUGUUUGACUGUGCCAAGAAAAUCCUGAAGAAGGAGGGAGUGAAGGCAUUUUACAAGGGCUACAUCCCCAAUAUCCUGGGCAUCAUCCCCUACGCUGGUAUAGAUCUGGCAGUGUACGAGAGCUUGAAGAACCUCUGGUUGUCCCACUACGCCAAAGACACAGCCAACCCCGGCAUUCUGGUCCUGCUCGGUUGCGGUACCAUAUCCAGCUCUUGUGGCCAGCUGGCCAGCUACCCCCUGGCUCUGAUCCGCACCAGGAUGCAGGCACAAGCUUCUGUCGAGGGCUCAGAGCAGCUGCCCAUGAACCUGAUGGUGAAGAAGAUCGUGGAAAAGGAAGGCUUCUUUGGACUUUACCGUGGCAUCCUGCCCAAUUUCAUGAAGGUCAUACCAGCAGUCAGCAUCAGCUACGUGGUGUAUGAGUACAUGCGGUCUGGCUUGGGUAUUCAGAAGUAGGCGGGUCAUCUGUGACUGUGUGUGUGUCUGUGAGAGUGUAGGAGGAUGUGCAGCAUUUUAUGUUUACGCGAAGGUCACCAAAGUCUGGACUCAAACAGCUGCAGAUGGAGCCAUUGUAGAAGCUUUUGAAGGUGACUGCAGGAAUUUGGCUAAACUGUCGAGCCAUUGUUAAAAAGAAAAGUGUUUACAAACUCCUGCAGUACUCGCACCAAUAGGCCAAUAAGGAUUAAUAAGACGUCUACAAGGCGUCCAGCUGCGUGUUAUUUUGUCCAAUCUGCGUUUAGGAGGCACCCACAGAUUUAAGUACACUCUCAGGGCUCAGUUUGGGUCAGCUGACUUUCAGCAGAAUCAGCCAAAGAGGUGGAUAUUAAGAAUUUGACAACCACAAACAUUGGUUAUAGGUUAAUUUUGAUUUAAGUACAUUUUGUUUGCUUUGUUUAAUUUCUGCUUUGGGUAGAAAUGUCAUUUUUUUUAAUGUAUGGAUUCUGUUAUGUCACUACACCAGAAAAUGUUCCUUUAAUGUUUGACCGAAAGGCACCUUAUUAGCUAUCAGUCUAAAAAUAUGAGGCCCAUGCUGAAGUGGAAUACUUGUUUUUCUGUUAUCUUUGUCAAAAAAAAGUUGAAUAUUCACAAUAUUCACUUCUUUCAUUCAUUUAUAGACACUCGUGCAAUGAUUCCCAAAAUACAGUUUAAGAUGUCCCACUGAGUGGGGAGCUUUUCCACUAAGAAAUCUGAGGAAAACUUUUAAAGUGCAAUACUGUAUUUUCACUUUGGUGAUUCGUAUUAUGGAACGUCUGGGACAGUUUAAGUCUGGAUUUCACCCCAGUGUUGUUGGUUUACACAGGACGUCACUGUUGCACCUUUUCAGUGAGUUCCACGAAUGGGGGAGUAAUGUGCCUUAUGUGCUUUUUUCUCAGAUAUCUGUGGACUUCUCCACCAUUUUUUUGCCUUUCUUUUCAAUAUUUGGUUGAUUGGAUGCUGGUGUUUACAUUAUUAAAACAUUUGUAUACAAAAGCA